AUGAAUGGACCCAUAAUUUAAAUAAAAAAUUUGGACAAAAUGGAAUAUUCGAAUUUAAUAUGGCUGGUGUUAGAUAUAUAAUGAUUAGUCGUGCAGAAUAUUUGAAUAGAUUUAUGUUACCAGAACAAGGUGAUCAUACGAAAUAUUUAAUGAGAACUAAUAAGAAUAGGGGGCUUUUAGAUUUAUUUGAUUUUA